UUCGCAGAACGCAAAGUACUUUCGGACGUGUAUCUUUUCCAAUAAAGUAAAUUUUAAUUUCUAUUUCUUAAAGUCGUGUUCGUUGCGUCUUUUUUCGUAACAAAGACACCGUAAAUUCAAAUUAAAUAAAUCUUGUUUUAAUCCGAACUUCACACUUUUCCAAAUUUGUUCAAAACUUACAUUUUAUUUGUAGCUGUGGUAAAACAUGCCUAGUAUCAAAUUGCAAUCUUCUGAUGAAGAAAUUUUCGAUACCAAUAUUGAAAUAGCGAAGUGUUCCGGCACUAUUCGCACCAUGUUAGAGGAUUGUGGCAUGGAGGAUGAUGAAAAUGCGAUCGUACCGCUGCCGAAUGUGAAUUCAACAAUAUUGAGAAAGGUGUUGACUUGGGCCACCUAUCAUAAGGAUGAUCCACAGCCCACCGAGGAUGAUGAGAGCAAAGAGAAGCGUACCGAUGACAUCACAUCCUGGGAUGCAGAUUUUCUUAAAGUAGACCAGGGCACUCUAUUCGAACUGAUCUUAGCCGCCAACUAUUUGGAUAUCAAGGGCUUGCUGGAAUUAACCUGCAAGACGGUGGCCAACAUGAUUAAGGGGAAGACACCCGAGGACAUUCGCAAAACGUUUAACAUUAAAAAGGAUUUCACUCCGGCCGAGGAGGAGCAGGUUCGCAAGGAGAACGAAUGGUGCGAGGAGAAGUAAUUUAUGCUUGCCCAACUUGUCGCG